UCAAGAAAUCAAACAAAAAUCAGUAAUGGCGCUCAUCAAGCUCGCCGGAAGGAUCAGAAGAACCCAAUUAAAACUCUUCCUUCCACUUAUCCCAUGUCCUACUCUUCACCCACCUUUCACUUCCUCCCAGAUUAUCUACUCUAACUACUGUUCUACUUCUCCGUAUCACCUCUCCCCUUUUCGGUCUCCCCUCCAUAAACACCAUUUUUCAUCAUUUGCCCGCUUUCCUUACUACGAUUCAAGUGAUUUCGAGACAGAUGGAGAUGAACACAGCAACCCCAAAGAGCCAGGUCUUGAUAGGUUUCUUGAAAUACUCAAGCAGGCUAAGCAGUUCACCUCAGAAGGAGACGCCAUGGCUUCUCUCGACCAGUCGGGUGUUCGACCCAGUGUAGGGUUGCUUUAUUCUGCAAUUUGGGCUCUGAAACGUGAACCGGAAUUGGCUUUUUUGGCUUUCAACUGGGGUGAGAAAUGGGGUUGUAAGAGUCCUAGAGUUUGGGAAUUGAUGAUCUGGAUACUGGGCAAGCAGAGGAGUUUUAGUGUCGCUUGGAGCUUGAUUAAGGACAUGCAUCGAUAUUCAAUGGCUACGCAGCGGGCGAUAUUAAUCAUGAUUGACAGGUAUGCAGCCGCCAACAAUCCAAGCAAAGCGAUUAAAGCAUUCCUUGCCAUGGACAAGUUCAGAAUAACCCCUGAUUCAAAAACAUAUUUCACUUUCCUCCACACUCUCUGUAAACAUGGGAAUAUUGAAGAAGCUGAAGAGUUCAUGCUUCAGAAUAAAAAGCUUUUUCCUUUGGAGACUCAGAGCUUCAACAUAAUUCUGAAUGGUUGGUGUAAUAUCUCAGUUGACAUACUUGAAGCCAAGAGAGUUUGGAGAGAAAUGUCAUGCUACUGUGUCACUCCAAAUGCCACUUCUUAUACUCAUAUGAUCUCCUGUUUCUCUAAGAUCGGGAAUCUGUUUGACUCAUUGAGACUCUACGAUGAAAUGAAGAAGAGGGGCUGGGUCCCAAACCUUGAGGUCUACAAUUCUCUAAUACAUGUACUAACUCGAGAAAAUUGCAUGACGGAAGCUCUCAAACUUGUAGACAAAAUUAAAGAAGCAGGACUGCAACCAGAUUCCACCACUUACAAUUCCAUGAUACUUCCUCUCUGUGAAGCACAAAAGCAAGAGCAGGCAAAACGCUUAUUGGUUGACAUGGUCACCGAGGGGAUCAACCCGACGACUAUUACCUAUCAUGCAUUUAUUAAAGGGAUUAAUAUUGAAGGAGCCUUGGAACUGCUUGGUCAGAUGAGGGAAGUUAGUUGUGGUCCUAACAGUCAUACUUUUCUCCUAAUUCUCAACAACUUCUUCAGAUUGAAGCAACCAGAUAAUGCAGUGAAGAUUUGGAUGGAAAUGGAGAAAUACAUCAUAAUACCUGAUUCUGCCAGUUACAUUGUACUGGUUCAAGGCCUGGCAACAUGCGGAUGGAUAAUGAAGGGUAGAGAAUUCUAUUCUGAGAUGAGAUCAAGAGGAUUCGUAGAAGAUCCUAAGCUUGAAAUGCUCUUGAAGGAUCCAGAAGGAGGUGAUAAAUCUCAGGAAGAGCCAGUGAAAAAGAAAAGUGAUGAUAUCCAGGCCAAUUGUAGCAGGGAUAAAACUAGGAGGAGGAGAAUCCAGAGACAACGCAAGAAAGAAAAUAGCACCCUUUAAAGAAUUUUUUACCAAAUGUACCAUCAAAAUGUGAGAGAACAAAUAUAGAUUGUUUGUAAUUCUACCAAUGUGGUACCACUUUGUCAAUGUAAAAACAUUCUCAUUAACAGUACCUUUUUGACUUGCACAGGUCUAUGUAAACAGAACUGUUUCGCUCU